UACCUGAGGGCUCAGGUCAACCGCCGGCUCCACCGUCUCCAUCACUUGAUCACCGACAAGAGGCGACGAUGCUGCGAGGCCCGAUGCACCUGCGCCACCUCUUACUGUGGUUGCUUUUUGCACAAACCCACGCAGAUUUGCCCAUGUGCAAGGAGUCAGAUUAUCACUUUGAGUACACAGAGUGUGAUGCACUCGGGUCACGAUGGAGAGUGGCAGUCCCCAACAAAGCCGACAUAUGCACAGACCUCCCAGAUCCAGUCAAAGGCACUCAGUGCUCCUUCUCUUGUAGUGAGGGAGAGUUCCUCAACAUGCAGUUGCAGGAGUGCCAGAAGUGUGCUGUAGGUACCUACUCUCUGGGCACCGGCGUGGCCUUUGACGAGUGGGACACCCUCCCGCCCGGUUUUGUCAACCACGCAGUGACCACGAGCGCCGGCGACGCCCCCGCAGACUGCUCCAACUCAACCUGGACACCGAAGGGUGAUUAUGUAACCUCAAACACGGACGAGUGCACUGCAACGCUGUCUUACGCUGUGAGCCUAAAGAAACCUGGCACUGUGUCCUUUGAAUACUUCUACCCCGACGACAGCAUUUACUUUGAGUUCUUUAUCCAGAAUGACCAGUGUCAGUCUACAGACUCAAAGAGCCGGUGGAUGAAGACCUCUGAGAGCAACUUCAACAAAUACAUGGUCGAGCUUAGCAGCGGCAACAAUGUGCUGUAUUGGAGAACCACUGCGUACACUCUGGAGGGCAGUGCCGUCAAACCCGUGCUUAUAAAAAACAUUGCCAUCUCAGGGGUGGCCUUCACAUCAGAGUGUUUCCAUUGUAAACCUGGCACCUACAGUGCAAAACAGGGAUCGGCCCGCUGUGCUCCCUGCCCUGCGGAAACCUACUCCAACAAGGGCGCUUCCGUUUGCCGUCAGUGUGAGCAAGACACAUAUGCAGAGGCUGGUUCGGGGAGCUGCAAACCGAGACCUGCAUGUACAAACAGGGACUACUUCUACACCCACACUCCCUGUGACUCCGAGGGAACGACUCAGCUCAUGUAUAAGUGGAUCGAGCCAAAGGUCUGCAGUGAGACGGUUGAAGAAGCCGUGAAGCUGCCCGCAUCCGGGGAGAAGCAAACGUGUCCGCCGUGUAACCCGGGUUUCUUUGUCACCAACUCCUCUGCCUGUGAACCCUGCGACAAAGGUUUUUACUCAAAUGGAAAAGCAUGUAGCAAGUGCCCAGUUGGCACCGAGCCAGUUGUGGGUUUUGAGUACAAAUGGUGGAACACAAUGCCGAGCAACAUGAAGAGCGACAUCUCACGUCGAGAUUUCGGCAACUCUGGGCAAAGCACGGCAUGGGAGGUGGCUGGAGAGUAUGUUUACACCACCCCCGGGGAUCAGGACACAGACUACCUGAUGCUCACACUCGAUGUCCCUGGAUACAGGCUGCCUCAGUCUAUGGUGAAAGACAGUGAAAGGAGUGAACUCUCUCGCAUCACGUUUGUGUUUGAGACCACGUGUACGGCUGACUGCAAGUUUGCCUUCUUGGCGGGUUUUAACCGGUGGAGUAAUGAUGAGGUGGAGCAGUGGAAAGGCAGCAACAGUAAACAGUCAUACUCCUACCUCAUCCAGAGCAACAGCACCAUCAGCUUCACCUGGAUCUUUCAACGAACGGAGGAACUUAACACGGAGAGAAAAUACAGCGCUGAUGCUGCAAAGAUCUUCUCCAUCCACAUCACCAAUGUUAUUGGAGGCGUGGCCUCUGAGUGUCGCCGCUGUGCCCUCAGCUCCGCUGAGGCCAGCUCCGCCUGCGUUCCCUGCCCACUGGGUCACUACAUGGUCAAUGGGACGGGAGUCUGUGAGAGCUGCCCGCUGAACACCUUCAUCAGGGCCGACCAGCCUGUCGGAGAGGCCGCCUGUGUUAAGUGUGGACCCAACACGCAGAGGAACAAGGCCCACACAGCUUGUCUCAGUGACUGUGCGUUAGACGUGCAGACAAGAGGAGGCGCGCUGCUGCACUAUAACUUCUCUCCUCUGUCCAACGUCACCGGCUUCCACAGCAGCCCACGUUUCACCAGCAAAGGCCUGAGAUAUUUCCAUCGCUUUAAUUUGGGUCUGUGUGGAACAGAGGGCCGAGUACCGGCUACCUGUGUGGAAAAUGUGACAGCGAGUGGGAGAGAGGUCAAAGGUUACGUCUGUCAGUCCACUGUGGUUCCCUCGGACAUCAGGAGUCAGAGCACAGUGUCCACCCAGCCUUUCGUCAUUGGUGACACAAUCAUCGGUGUGACCACCGACACGCUCCUGAAUAGCAUCUCAUCUCCAAACUGGCUGUUUCCCCCUGCGCCUGUCCUGCCAGAUGUCAUCUUCUAUUACAAGUCCAGUGAGACGACUCAGGCUUGUAAACAAGGCCGGUCGGGCGCCAUCAGACUGAGAUGUGACCCCUCGGUGACUGAGAAAGACCAAAUCACGCUGCCAAGUAACUGUUCAGAGGGGACGUGUGACGGUUGUACGUUCCACUUCCUGUGGCGGAGCCAGCACGCGUGUCCCCUUUGCACCAAAAACAACUACAGAGAGAUUGUCAGCGCAUGCAUCCAGGGAAUACAGAAAACCACGUAUGUUUGGCAGCAGCCUUUGCAGUGUUACGGCGGAGAGUCACUUCCAGCACAAACGGUCAGUGCUUGUGUGACUCUGGAUUUCUGGCUCAAGUUUGGUGUUUCCACGGGAACGAUCGCUGCUGUGCUGCUCAUCUGUAUCAGCUGCUAUUUCUGGAAAAAGACACGCAAGUUGCAGUAUAAGUAUUCCAAGCUGAUCAUAAGCUCUGGGAAUAACGAGUGUGAGCUGCCCACUGCAGACAGCUGUGCAAUAAUGGAGGGAGAGGAUGCAGAGGACGACCUGUUGGACCUCACCAAGAAAUCCUUCUUCACCAAAAUGAGGUCCUUCUCACGGGAGAGGACGUCAGACGGAUUUGACUCAGUUCCACUGAAGUCAUCAUCUUUACACCAUCAAAUAGAGGAGGAAGACUCUGAUGAUGCUUAUUUCAAAGGAUGAACAGAUGCUUCUAACAGCGUGCAAAGAAAGUGUCAAACUUGGGAUGAACAGCUCCAGCAGACAGAGUCACAGACAACGGCUAUUGAAUAUAUUUACUUACUGCGAGAGUUUUAAAAUGAUAGUGUUAAAAGCAUGUCUUUUAUUUAGUGUUAUUUGAAAUACGUAAUAUUGUAAUGGAAAGUCUCCAUAUUGGGGAUAUUCUAUAUUUUCAAAGCCCAGUGGUUCUAUGUGGACCAAACUGUGGAUUAAGUUACAUUUAUUGUGUAAUCCCCAAAAAGGUAAACAUAAACUCACAGGAGUGGUUGUUUGAAUGUUUUUAUUUUCUUUCGUUAUUUCUUAUAGGUCAUUCUAUGUUUUUAUCAGACUAGCCGUUUUUGGCGAUAUAUGUAUUAUAUUUGUUACCACUUUUGAUAACUUUUUCUGCUGCACGUAAGCUUGUGAGAAAAAUAUUGCUUUAUUGUGAGGUAAAGACACCACAAACAUGGAUUUCUAGAAAGUAAAAGUAACAUCUAAUGCUCCUUUUGAAGUGCUUUCCCGUAAAAUCAUAAUAUCACUUCUCAUUGUGUGUAUUAUAUAAUACUUAAAUGUUGAUACUUUUGUAUGUAUGCGUUUUAAUGUGCCUUGUAGAAAAGUGUUUUUGUGGAUGUUUAAGUCAAGAAAAAUACAAAGAUUGAAUUUUAAUUGCAUGCAUAUGUUAUAAAUCUCUUCAAAAUGUAA